AUGGAAGAAGAAUGUGAGAAAGGAAAAGCGUUCAAGAGCUUGCCAUCUUCUGAAAGGCUAAAAAAAACAGAACAAGAGGAACUGCGACUAAUCCAAUGUGUCGAAACUCGUUGGAACUCGAUUUAUUAUAUGUUGAAACGAUUUAUUGACCUGGAAGAAGCAAUUCGGUCUAUUUUGGGUUUCGUGGAUAGAUCAUUACCGACAAUCACUUCAGAAGAUUGGAUUUUAUAUGCUCAGUUGUGUCAAAUUCUGCGACCUUUUGAAGAGAUAACGAGCUCCAUGAGCGGUGAUAAAUACUUAACUGGUAGUUCUGUAAUAGUAGUCACACGAUGUCUGAUCGAAGCAUGCCAAAAACUUUUAGAGAGAACAGACUUAUUACCAGAGGCGACUGACACCAUUUUGCUACUGAAAACGGGUCUGAAAGAACGAUUUAAGUCGAUUGAGCAAAGUGGCACCUUUUCUCUUGCCACAUUUAUGGACCCACGUUUCAAAAUGCAGGGAUUUUCAGAUCAAAAUGAGGCGACAAAAACAAAAGAAAAAGUGCGCAAAUUAGUUGCAGCACUUAUUGCAGAGUCAGAAAAUACUGCAGCGCUCACCACCGUCACCGAUCAUCCAGCUACUAGUAAUAUUAAGGAUGCCUAUAGUCCGUGGAAUAUUUUUGAUAAAAUUAUUGCACGUUGCAAUAUAGUGGCAACAUCCGUUCCUUGCGAGCGGAUGUUCACAAAAACUGGAUCAAUUUUGUCUGAAAGGCGAACGAGGCUGACCACGAGCAAAGUGGCACAGAUUAUGUUCCUAAAUGUGAAUAGUAAUGAGGAGAGAUUUAGAGAGUAUUCAAAGAAAUAA